AUGGAACAACGCUCCAAAACGGAUCCGCCAGAGCCGCCGCCCAUAACUGGGUCAACAAGUGCACUAAAAAAUCGCAAAACAGAACUGUUACAGUGCUUGGGUGAGGAUAUGGGUUCUAUCGCUCGACGGUCUGAUGCAAAUGUUGAAGUGGUGUCUAAAACCAUGCUAAAGCCAGCCUGGCUAGUUGAAUUUCUCAAGGAUGCCAAAAACAAAGAUCCGCCUAGUUGUGGGUGGUCUUUACUCAUGAUAGACAGGGAUGAGUGUCAGCAAUUGUAUACUGAUGUUAUAAAUGGCAGAUUAGAAGUAAUAAAGGAACAGAUUUUGUUUUCCAAGGAAAGCACAGUCGAUGAAAAGUCGCAAGAGAUGCCAAAGUUAGCUAUGUUACAGUAUUGUCGCAAGCAGCAAUUGCAGCAUAUCUCAACAAACGUCACAGAUUGGGAACGAACCGAGAUUGACCGGAUAUCGCGGUUAAAAAAAUUGUAUAACGUUGACUUAAAGUGUGAACCCGGACCUUAUGUCCCAUUGCACAAGCCUAACGUAGGUGGUGGAAAAGCUCUUCCCCAAAGUUUUUAUGUGAAUCCAGAAGAUGAUCCGAAUUAUGACCCGCCGGGCAGUACUGCAGCUAGUAGACUGAUGAGGAAAAUGAUGCAGGGAAACAACGAUGACGGAGAUACGUUCGUACCCACCGAUCUGGAAACUCGAAGAAAGGGAUUAGCUGAGAUUGCCAAAGAAAUGGAACCAUUCGAACACCUCACACCGGAACAACUGUCUGAUGUGUUUCUUCGCAACUGUAAAAAAGAGUACGAAUUUGCAGAAGCUACCUAUAGGCGGCGUACCAGGGGUAGGGUCGUAGAGGAUGAUGAUGAAUGCUUGGAACUGCUACGAAACGACGAAAACCCAACUAGGUCCGUACCAAGAGUCGGGGAACUCUCUGACGGUAAAUUGGCCAUAAAUGAGGAAAAUAAUAAUAAUUUGCCCUUAUACAGUCCCAGAUUGAAAUACAUAAUAUCAAGGAACAAAUUUUUAACAGAUACUGUGGUUUUUUUAACAAUGAUCGAACAUUUGCAAUGGCAAUUCGCAUCAUCUCUAUAUCUCCCCUUGGAAAGUUUGGUAAUUUUAAAGGUUGCGGGAGAGUCUACAACAAACCCGAAGCCUCCAAUGUUAACCUUUGUUGACACGAGGUGUAGGGAGGCACACGUCUAUGCAAGUGUUUACGUUAAGCAUGAAAACAAAGCUAACGCAUACAGAAGAUAUUUACGUGAAUUGGUGAAGUGGAAUAACGCCAAUCCAACAGAAAAAAAUGCGAGCAAUUUGUUUUUAUUUGGCGACGAUCCACUGUUUUAUCUGAAGGAUCAAGAAAUGUUGCAACACAUGACCCAAAGCGGCGUAGGGGUGGAAAUACAUUCCAAGGUGCCGGGAUUUGUUAUACCACCUGAUGCAACGGAACAUCAGAAGACCACCGUUCAUCAUCGCAUGAAUUCUUCGCAACCGCAGCCCCAACUCAUUUGUACAGCUUGUGGUUACCACAUUUUUUCCCACUCACUUACGGCCCACGAUGGAGAACAACUAACAGCUGUAGAGUAUGACCGUAUGCAAGAGGGUGUGAACUCCUGUUGUCCGAUUUGUAAUACUGAUGUAUCAAAUUUGGCGCUGCAUUGGGUAACCGGGUCAAGAGGCUAUACUGCGGAGCCGUACCCAAAACCUAUUGAGGAUGAAUUUGGCGACUAA